GCGCUCUUUUGAAGCGUUCAGUUUCGCCUACGAGGUUCCUCGGUACGGUGUGCCGGUACCUCUUGAUCUGGUCGCCACGUUUCCGGCACGCGAUGUAGAUCGAACGAAAGAUCGAGGAUGUACUACUCGUGCAGGAUCCACCGACAAUAAUGCCAGUGAUUGAUGAGCCGAUCGACAUAUCACGAACGAGCGAGUGACGGCAGGGGGUUGACAGAUAUGCGGAUACGCGUCAUCAGAUUCCCGGAGGCAACGUGAUAACCCUCGUCGUGUUCGCGUUACCACCCGCGACGAUGACACGAGCGCUUUCAUCUCUGACCCGCAAUUUCCUUUGACCGUUUGCAAAGAGUUUGAGAAAAGGAAAGGAAGAACAGCAAAUAUGCCGUUUGAAGAUCCUGCGCUUGCAAAGUGCGCAAGCACGGGAGGAUCGCGUGUUUCGUAAAGAGGAUGCUUAAAAAUUUAAUCGACGUUCCACUUGCUUAAUGACACUUUAUAAGCUAAUAGCUCGUUUAGGAGCAGCGGUAAAUGUCAACAUCGAUAGUCCGUCGAAAGAAACGUAAAAUGCUAAAAAUACGUCAAAGAUACCGUGCCAGUGUCGAAUCAGUGUGACGUGAUCUACGGAAAGGGUGAGGAAGUGCGCGAGAUAUUCGUCGCGAUAGAAAGAGAUCCCCCAGGAGGAAGGAAUCCGUCGGAUUAACAACACUCGCCACUGUGAAAUCGACACUGUGAGCACCGGGGGCGACUUCGAUCGACAUAAGUAGAUUUUCAGGCGGCCUUCUCGAACUGAAUACCCAGGAUUCGGGCUGCGAAGUAACACAAGGUACAAUCAUCGUGGCGCGCAGCGUUCGCUCGGAACUUCCAAUCUUAUUAUCCACGUAGCCUGUCACUGGGGAACAAUAAUUCCCAAGUUUGGACAAUUUACCAGCGAGAUCGAUAGAUCGACCAGAUCGAAAGGCACCCCGAUAAAGACACAUACAUAGGCGGAUAGGUCUCCUCAACUCCUGGUCAACAAGUUUUGGCAAGCAGCGGGGUGUCACGACGCCGAGACGUCGAACGUGCUGACUAGACACGGCGAACUUUGUUAAUGCAGGACUCCCGCAUGUCGUAAUUUAGUAUCAGUAGCGGUCAUACACUUCUUCAGCUCAGACAAUCGCGUUAAGGCCACCAUAAUGGUGCUCGCCGCUGGCCAUUCUGUUGUGAGUGACAUCGCAGGAGAUCGGUAACCCUCGAGAACGGCAGAAUCGAUUGCGAACGGAUCUGUGUGCCAUCCGAAGGAGAAGAUCACAUCGAAGGACAAUAAGUGAGGUCUCACAAGCGCGCCGCCACGAUCCGCGCGACGAUCAACCCCCGCAAAUAUGAGCGGCCUGAUUCUCGAACGUCUGUACAAUUGCAGCGCGUUGAUCCUCGAGCGUAAUGUCACCCUGCUGUCGCGGCUGAACCGCAGCGAAUUCCACCAUUUCGUCGAGGAAGCCUUGAACAAAUCGAGCCGACGUGAUGUCCUGCGGGACGCGCUCUCGGACUGCAUCUUUGUCAACCAGGAACGACCGUUCGAUCUACCCUGGUGGCAGAAGCUCUUCUGGUCGCUGAUAUUCGCGGUGAUACUACUGAUGGCCACCGGCGGCAAUAUCAUCGUCAUGUGGAUCGUACUUGCUCAUCGGCGAAUGCGUACCGUCACUAAUUGCUUCUUGGUGAAUCUCUCCGUGGCAGAUCUUAUGAUGUCAGUGCUCAACUGCAUCUUCAACUUUAUCUUCCUCCUCAACUCUAAUUGGCCCUUCGGGGUGGUGUAUUGCACCAUCAACAACUUCGUAGCACACGUGACCGUCGCUUCCAGCGUUUUUACUCUCGUCGUAAUAUCGUUUGACAGGUAUUCCAAUGGAACGACUAGAAUUUCCUGUUAUCUGUUGUGGCCCGACGGCGGUUAUUUGCAUAGCAAAACGGAGUAUUGCUACAAUAUCGUAUUCCUCGCCGUAACGUAUCUGGUUCCCAUGACAGUGAUGGCUUUCUGUUACUCGUGCAUGGGACGUGAGCUGUGGGGCUCCAAGUCCAUCGGCGAGCUUACGCACUACCAGCGAGAAUCGAUGAGAUCUAAGCGCAAGGUUGUAAAAAUGUUUAUCUGCGUGGUGGUAAUAUUUGCGGUGUGCUGGUUGCCAUAUCAGGGCUUCUUCAUUUUCGUGUACCACCAUCGUCACUUUGCAGAGAGCAGUUACGUGCAACAUGUGUAUCUGGGUUUCUACUGGCUCGCCAUGUCCAACUCCAUGGUCAAUCCGAUCAUAUAUUACUGGAUGAACAACAGGUUCCGAGUCUAUUUCGAAUUGGUGAUCUGUAAAUGCUGCUGCAUGACGGGCCAGACGGAUGUGCGGAACCGCGAAACGCAAGAGUUAGCUGCGCUUCAACGCUCGGAGCUCGCACCUUGCAAUUCGGGUCGCUUCAGAUCGACGUCAAUCAGGUGGCGGCAGAGCGUGGCGGAGAGCCAGGUGCAAACAUUUCGAAUGAAUACCCGUACAAUAUGCGAGAGGCUCCAGUUUAAAGAGGACGUCGCCAUAAUCUGAGAGUCAAGCUUAAUCAUCCAUUGCGCGAACAACGUACCCGUCACAAGAUGAUGUUAUAAUAUUAUCUUCGUGCUUUGCAACGAGUUUGUCAGAGAUUGUCGAAAGCAAUUACUGAACGUUUACAUACGAUUGCACAAUCACCGAAUCGCCAAUUCAUUAUGCGCAAACACUUUGUCAUCACUUUUCAAAGGACAUUAUUUUCUUACUCGUAUAAAAAGAGAAAAGGUAGGUUGAAUGGAAUGAUGGCGGAAGAAAGUUCGAUGUUAUUUGUAAUAUUCUGACAAUGUACUUCGUAAUGCGUCUCUUGUACAUCGACAUAUGUACUGUACUCGCUAUUCUCUCAGAGCUACUGUUACCAUUCAGUUUGCAACUACAACAUUCUGUAAAUACUACGAAAUAAACGUGAUUUAUUCAGCUCGGA